UUUCGAUUGUUUCCCUCAUCUUUUGCCCCGCAUUCAACCGGAGCAACAAGUCGUUUUCUUUUUUCCACCUUCUUCCUCCAGCAGCAGUAGCAGCAGCAGCAGCAGCAGCAGAGGCGACAUGCGAGCAAGUGGUGCCGCUAUUUGCAUUGCGAGCGGUAGUCGCUGCGGUGCAGCGGUUUUCGCGCUUCUGUGCUUCGCCGUCCUCAGCUGCGUCUUCAGCAGCGCCCAUGCAGCGCCUGGUCCUGGUGGCGGUUCGGUCGCUGUCAACCUGAGUUCACCGCCAGUCGCUGUGCCGCUGACGCCGUAUUCCGUGAAUGUGAGCUGGAUUGGCUCCUUCUCGUCGUCCGGGAGCCUCUCGUACUUCCUCUCAGGUGCGGGUCUGUGGACUACUAGCGGAGGCGGCGGCGAAGGCGAAAUCGGACGUCGCUCAGCUCUACCUGGUGGAAGCAUCAAUGGUUUGUCUGUGAUUGUCAGUGAGCUUGCACCCUUCACCGCCUAUACCUGGACUGUCACCGCACGUACGGUUAAUGGAGACCAAGCGGAGCAAAGCACCGCCCUGAGGAGCACCUUUGCCGAUGCUCCAGCUGUGGCGCCUGGCACCAUUUCCUUCCAGUCGGGCGUCAUGUCUGCGCAGUGGCCAACGGUUGUGCUGAACGGACCCGCGCCCCUCGUGAGCCGUUGCACCGUUCUGAAUGGCGGCGUUAUUGUCGUGGACGCAACUUCCAAUAAUAGCCCCACGCUCACAGUAACCGGGGUGAAUUGGGCCCCGUACACGGAUUACACGCUGGCUUGUCGCUUUUCCAACAAUGGUGGCACCGGAAACCAAACUGGAGUUCAAAAUCAGGGUUUCAAGACCCCUCCACAAACCCCCGACUUGGACACGACCAGAUUCAAGUCUGACGACCAAGGCCUCACAUGGCUCACGGCGAAAUGGACAAACGUCCUCAAGUACUUGAACGGUCCUCCUCCCGCCCAGUUCUUUUUGAAUGUCUCCAAUCCAGACGGCACAUUCACUCGCCCACUUUACAACGUCACCAUUCCGACGUCGUUCAAUGUGACCGACCUGCUGCCAUACACCUCAUACAGCCUGGUAUUGACCGUCGUCAACGGGGCGGGCUUGUCGACCUCUGUCACACGGUCCUUCUCCACGAAACCCGCGCCCCCAGCAUUCAAUCCCUCCCUCGUUGCCGUGCUGUCUACGCCAUCCAGUGCUAACUGUGGCGGUGCCUCUCAGUGUGUCACCGUGCGUGUGGACUGGGCGAACGCGCUGAUUCUGGGCUCGUUGCCCGUAACGAGCCAAAGCAUCACCAACCCAACAGUGCAAUCAUUGCCCGCGACCGUGCGUUCGAGGGACCUGGUGGGCUUGAGCUUUGCCACAAAUUACGUAUUCUCCCUGGUUGUCACCGAUUCGGCUGGCUUGAAUGCCACAGUCGACGUGCCCUUCACGACCCCACCUUCGCCACCGCCAAUCCCGACAAGUCUUCUCGUAGAUCAAGUCACCCGAACUUCCGUGACAUUCAAGUGGAAUGCCAACUCCAGUCCCUUUCAUCGCGUGUCGUACUUGGUGACAGAGCCCAAUCCCAUCAUGGUUGGCACCAGCGAAUUUUUCCAAGUCUCCUCGGGAGUGUCUAUCUGGACUGCGCAAAACCUGUCGGCAGGCGCGGAGUACACAUUCAGUCUGGCCGCCUGUUCUGGCGCGGGCUCCUCGUUCACCUGCUCGGCUCCAGCCACACUUGUGGCGCGGACAAUGCCAGGAAGUCCCAUCUGGGGGUCUGGCAUUUCACUCUCUUCGUCGUCAACGCUCGGAUCCAUCGCAGUCACAUGGUCAAGUCCUCCUCAGUACCCUCAGUGUGACCCUGACUUGCUCACGUACUUGGUCAUCUAUCAACGGAUUGACGUCCAACCGGCCCCUGCGGCUCAGACCGCAACUGUGCAACCGUCGAAUCAAGUAGCUGUAACGCCCUCAGGAACAAUUGUGCCGUACGGGCUGUACAACUUUACUGUGAUUGCGAUCGGCGAUUCGGCAAACCCACAGCAGACGUCGUCACCCCUCCCGUCGUACUUUGUGCGCGCCAGCUCGGCGAUCGCCGCUUGGGGCAACGCAAACAUUUCGAUUUCCAUCGCCCCAGGCCUUGGUAUUGCAUUGGCAUGGACGCCGCCCGAGUUUCUGAACGACAACCCAGCUUCAAUCAGCUAUGCCGUCAGUUUCUCCUCGAUCUUCCCAUCGAUGACAGUGUCCUUCUCCAACCUGACAGCUGGACCUUGCAUUCUGCUAAACCUUCUCGAGUCGGUCCAAUGGAUUGCCCAGGUUACAUGCUACAACUCAGUUGGUUAUGUCAAGAGCCAGUCGCUCACGAUCACUUCUCCGACGUUUCCCCGAUUUGCCGUUGGCUCCGCUUUCGUUGUGAGCGAAGUUACUUCAACGGGACUUGCACUGACUCUUCCCAUCGCCACAUCCCCGUCUCACGCUGUCACGUCAUACACAAUUAGUGUGAGCGACAACCAUUUCCUCGAUCCCGUGUCUCCAGCAACCUUUGAGCUCAUCCCAACCACUUCCGGUCCUUCCUCGUACAUUAUUCGCACUUGGGCAACCGCGCUGUUGCCAAAUCGGCCCUACACCUUCACGGCCAUCGCGCACACGGCUGUUUCAUCAACGCCUGUUGGAGAAGCGCUCGUAAUCACAUACCAAACACUCCCCGCACCAGCGCGCUUCUCAGCCCCUUUGCAUAUCUUCUUCCCGAGCGGCAAGACAGUGAAAAUUUCGUGGAGCGUACCGUCCGAUCGAGAUUCAAACGGCCAAGUCACGGGGUACGGCGUGACUUUUGACAAUCACCCGCUUGUGCUUCUGGAUGCGACGGAAACCGAGUAUUCGCCCGACGUGACGCUGGUCAAAGGGCGCACUUACCAGGUGACGGUGGUAUGCUUCUCGGCCGCUCAAGGUCAAACAUUCACCUCCGAUCCUGUCACUGCCGCCGUCACGGCGCCAGCCAAUGACUCAGCGUCCGGCCCCGCAACCGGAGCCAUUGCCGCUGUUGUGGGUAGUGUACUUGGAGUGUUGUUGCUCGUUCUGCUCAUCAUCUUCCUUGUUCGUCGUCGUCGCAACAAGUCUUCGCCGAAUCUCGCUCGACGCAAAGGCAAGAAGGGGUCCGUUGACGACGAAAGUUCGACAAUGGAGAUGAACCGAAAUGACUUGACCUACACCUACAUUGGCUCUGAUCCGCUCUAUGCUGCCGUGAACAUGGUGCCAAACUCCCAACAAACCUUCUCCGACUAUGCUGCUCCGGGCGUCUACUUUAACGAAGGCCAUGGAAAAUCGGGCGCAAAAUCCGCAAAGUCGGCCGAAAGUCACUAUGCCUACGCUGCAGCUGUGCAGCAAGUUUAUGCCGUUGCGCACGAAUCUCCCUACACGACCUCCACCAGCAGCAUGAAUCGCGCCGACAUGGAGUUUGGCUCGGUUCUUGGCCAAGGCGAGUUUGGCCGCGUUGUGCAAGCGUCUGCUCCCGCUUGGUGGCUGGGCUUGCAAAACGCUAGCGGCAAGUCCCCCAACGACAGGAUUACGGUGGCCGUGAAGAGCGUGAAACAGGGAGCCUCCGACAAGCAAAUAGCCGACUUUGACGCUGAGGGUGACAUGAUGAAGCAAUUCAAUCACAUUAGCGUGGUGCGCGUCCUCGCUUCAUUUACGGAUGUGCACCCCCAUUUGCUGGUCUUGGAGCUUUUGCCGUAUGGCGACCUGCGAGGACUCUUGCAACGCUGCGCUAUGCUCGAUCCGCCCGUACUGCCAACCUCCACGGAGAUUGCGCACAUCUGUGCUCAGGUCGCCUCUGGCAUGGCCUAUCUUGCUCGAAUUCGAUUCGUUCACCGUGAUCUGGCAGCCCGAAAUUGCUUGGUCGCUGGAGACCUUGUUGUCAAAAUUGCAGACUUUGGCCUGUCUCGCUCUCUUUCCGAAGAGAAGGACUACUACAGGGUCCAGAACAAGAGCAAGCUGCCGGUUAAGUGGAUGGCGCCAGAAUCCCUGAUGUACCGUAAAUUCUCCACCGCGAGCGAUGUUUGGUCGUUUGGUGUUGUGUGCUGGGAGGUUGCUACAAGUGGCAGCAGCCCGUACGGAAAUAUGCCAGGCAAGGAUGUUCCCGCUUACGUCGAGGCGGGAAAUCGCUUGACUCGGCCCGAAACAUGCCCUUCAGAAAUUUGGGAGCUUGUCCAGACAUGCUGGUGUUGGGAGCCAGCCGCACGUGCAUCUUUCGAAUCUCUGUCUUCAAGUCUUCGUGCAAUGGUCGGUGCUGAAGACCCCGUCAGAGAUCUCGGUGCAAUGGCGUCUUCCGCAAAAGAGGUUAAAGCAUCCGACAACUAAGACUUCUGUUUUGUUUGUUUGUUUUGUUUGGUUGUUUUCUAGCAUUUGCGGUUUUUUUUUUGUUUGAUUGUGCUUUAUUGGCCUUGUUACCGACAAUGCCAUCUUGAUUUAAAACUCGGAAACGCGCGCUAUUGCGAAUUUUUCCAGAUCGUUUGCGUACUGUAUGGCGGCACGAUGAACAGAAUGUGACGGG